GGCCACUCGGUGCAGAGUGGCUCAUCUCGCAUCAUGUCAGACUCCUUCAGCCUCCCACUUCGCCCUAUCAUCGAAAAACGCGAGCGUCCGGAUUCAUUGCCGCGCGAUAUCGCCCAGAUCAACGCGCAAUGGGGGUCCUUCCGCGAGCUCAACGAGACGAAGCUACGGGAGAGGAUCGAGGAGGAUAAAAACAAGGAUCCAUGGGAAGAGGACGAUGUUGGCGACAAGGAUGCAAUAGAUCUGGAUGCGUCAGAGCAGAAGGACCAGCUGUACAAACGCCGUGCUGAGAUUAUCAAUUUUGCUCUACAGGCUCACAUGGAAACCGCCUUUGCCUUGGAUUUCAUCUCUCUGUUGCUUUCCAAACAUAAUGCCCGCCAGGCUGAGAUGUCCAUGUCGCAGUUCUUAAAGGGCGCCAUACCGCUUGGAACUCUGAGCGCCGAAGUCGUCAACCCACCCCCGAGACCAGAUUCUACCCUCAAAGACAUAAAAUCGGUAUCAAGAGGAUGGCGGUUACAGAACUUCAGCUCCGCUGCAAACAAACUUUUGAACGCCGGCUCGAGACUGGAAACAGAGGUCAACUCGGAGACAAAGUUUUGGAAUGAGGUCUUAGCCGUGAAAGAGAAGGGAUGGAAGAUCAGCAGGCUUCCCAGGGAGGGGCAAGCUCUUGGGGUACAAUAUGGAUUCAUGGAGGCUACGCCUAUUUUCCGCGACCGAGGGCUCGCCGCGCUACGAAGGACUGACGACGGAAGCUUGUUUUUGGACAAGGGAUUGGUACCUGCAAAGGCGAAAGGAGUACGCGUUAGGGUGAAACACGGUAGUCGCAUCGUUGGCUGCUCGAAAGUGUGCCGACCGCCAGAGGUCGCCGAGUCGAUUGAAAGCCGCAUCUUACAAGCCCGCGAUACAGUAUUCGAGGAGGAGCUUUUUUACGAAAUGAUGCGCGAAGCAAGAAUAUUAGGCAACCAAGGAGUAACAACCCGACAGAACCUGGUGGAGGUUCCUGUAUCUGGGGAGCAAGAGAUAUUGCUGGACCUAGUUGACUGGGAUCAGGACCAUGACCCGGAGGUGGCUGCUUCUGGCGAGCAAGAUAUCUUUGCAGAUGCAGUUGCGCACUCCAUUCGCAUUCUCCUGGCCUACGCACAUCGCCAAAAUCUUUGGCGAAGGACCCAACCCCCACCUCCGUCGACGCCUAAGCGCCGCCCUGUUCCUGAAUAUCACAUCCUCCGACCAAUUAUGGCCUACCUACAACACAAAUCCCACCUAGCAUGGCUGGAGUCAUUCAUGGAAGAUAUACGCAAUGUACUUGAAUCAGCCGGCAUUAAGUGUGAAUUCCACGCCGCCCAGUUCUCGUCGAUCGGCGCGUUGCGGCCUAGCAUCCAAGUUCCAAAAGUUGAAGCAUUGGCGAGGGUGUUCCUGGCACCGUUUGAGUCAACUUUUUCGGGAACGCUGGUUGAUACGCAGAGCUCGUUCCAGGUUCGGCUUCGGACUAGCCCCGUUAUCCCGCCCGUUGGUACCUUUUAUGACAUCUCAUUCAAACAUCCGCCGUUUCCUGAUGUGCUAUCUCCUGGCCGUGUUGCGCUACAGGAUGAAGUUUCUUCAAUGAUUACACAUUAUUGCCUGCUGGAUAUCGUGUCCGCUAUUGCUCAAAAGUCGGAUAAGCAGGGCACUGGCGAUAUAUCUUGGGAAACUUUGUUCCCCCACCAUGGGCAGCUCCGGGACCCCACUGAUGACAGGAGAAAGAUGAUUGUCAGCCUGUCUCGAGAGGAGCUCUCCAUUAAAGCACACUUUUUAGGCCUGGGCGAAGGAUAUGGCAGCAAGCCACCGAAAAUGUCGGAGACUUGGCCUGGCGAAUCGAGGCAAAGCUUGGCCGAAUUUGUUUCCCAUGCGUCCCAGUUGUCUUCGUGGUGAUAAGCUAAACAUCUCAUAAUGACUGACGACUCUACAUCGGUUUCAGCAAGGAGUUUGCUUGGAUUAUCUCGACGAAAAUGGCUGCACCGGGAGCUAGAUAUUUGCUUUUAAUAGACGUCUACCAAUUGAUACCCUCAUGAGUCCAUUGAUAUCACGGCUCCCCGUGUUCCUGUCCUAUUUUUCCAUUUACCUGGGCCAUCGUACUUAACAGCCAUCUACCACAUAUAAUGUGAGUUCGUAUACUAAUGGCUUCUUUUUUUUAUGUAGGUACAUUCUCUAAGCACAGUGGUCUAUUUGCCUACUCGAUAUAUGAAUGUACUUGGUCCCUAAUACCAUGGCUCCGGUAUAUGUGUGGCCGCGACUCGAGAACAAUACAACAAGAUUCAAUUAGAUCAACUCAUUCCAGGAUCACGCCUUGCACAUCUUCCCAACGAUGGCCUGCACCUUGCUAUCGCCGUCCUGGAAGAUCUUGCCCAUGG